CGCCUACUCCCCCUCGUUUAACGGGCGUCUGCAUUCCCUCCGGCUUGUCCUGCGGACGCCGCCUAUCUCGCUGGGGAGUGAGUCGUGCGUGCGGUACUCGUUUUUUCGCUCCUUUUGUAGCGUGCCUGUGAUGUCCUCACAUCAGCAGUGGUGGCAAACUUACAGUCCUUGCAAAAUUUGUAUGAAAGGAAAGUAUCAAUAACAACAGAAGGAACAUUUAGGCCAGAAAGGGGCGGGUGGGCACACGUGUGUUUUCUUUGGGUGUCUGUUCGUACGCAUGUCUGUGCGCGCGUUUAUGGUGUCCGAACAUGUAUGUGUGGUGAGUGGGAAUGUGCAAGUCCGUGGGAGAGAGCGUGAGUGUGUAUGCGUCUGUGAUUGCGGGUGGCCUGCGUGUGCGAGCUAGAGCGCGUGUGUGUUGCGUGUAAGAGGGUACAUGAGUGUGGUGUGUACGGGUGCGCGUGUUCUGAUCACCUCUUUCUCUCUUCUGCCCCCGGCGCUCCAGUACAGUUUGCUUUCUUGACGGGCUUUAACCUUGAGAGGCCCCCUUAUCAAUCGGCGCAUGGGGAAACGUGGGGUGUCGUACGAACUUGUUUUGUAUCCUAUGUUUCUUCGCGCUUUGCAUCUCACAUGGGACAUCGAUAUCGUUGACGGCUUUCGCACAUCAGUGGCAUGGUCCUGCCAUCCUUGCUCUUUUUUCUUAGUUGGUGGUCGUCCUUGCAAGCUUAUUCUCGGCGAUCAUCAGGACGAUCCACAUCUCCGUUCGUAUCUUCAUUAUCAUAAUCAUGAUUGUGGUUAUCAUCAUUAUACAUCAGGAGUGGCAGCUGUAUUACUAGCGUCUGGUUGCUGUCCGUAGCUGGUCUGUUUGGCUGUGAUCCCAAGUCUCUUAUUGCUCAUCGAUCAAGAGGAGGAUGUGCGAAGCGAGAGGAAGACUGUGGGCGCCAACGCUUUUGGCGCUGUCAGUGGCGACGAAGCCAGCGCAGUUAUCUUGUCUGUAAUCCUCGUGUUGGCGACCUAUCUCGCCUUCGACUCAGCUUAAAAGUGAGGACCGGCUUUUGCUGCUCUUCCUGCACAGCGAAUACCCAGACGAAGUGCCCUCUUGCCGCUCCUCUUCCUUAGGGUUUGGGACAUGAACCCUUAGUCCCCAUGGUGAUCACGUCGUGAUCAAUGUAAUGUUGAAUCAUGAUCGCAAGGCUGAUGAUGAGGGGUGUGCCCACGACGAAGGGAACAUGAUGAUAAGUGCGAGGAAAAUGAUACCUAGAAUUGAAGCAGCAGCUAUUGCUGUCAAUGAGUACAGCAGGAGAGCUUAUUUUCUAUUGCAGCAUGACGUUGUGCAUCUACUCCCUUGUGACACUUCACAAAUAAUUUCGUCCCAGCUGCCUGGCUGCAACAAAUACUCCCCCUUCUGGAGGAACUGGAGGAGCACACCGGGGUAUGUCGUCCUUUUGUGGACGCCUCCGCGUCUGACUUACGACCUCCUUGGGGACGGGGUUGGGAAGGGGAUUUAUACACGUGUAUAUAGGUAGGUAGGCAGGUUUUCGGAGAUAGAAGCGGAACACGCAGACACUCAGACAGGGACCAACCCACACAGACAGACACAGAGACAGAGAGAGAGAGAGAGAGAGAGAGAGAGAGAGAGAGAGAGAGAGAGAGAGAUAGAGUUUAGGGAAGGAAGACGUCGAGGCAGAAGGUCGAGUGGAAUGGAGGGAUUUAAGACGAGGUUGGUGAACGUUGAUGUGGUCGUAGGGGAGGUUAUGGUUAUGGGCCAGCAGAGGGAUGACGGGUAUCUUAGGUCUAUAUUUGAGAAGGAAAUACGCGUGGUGCGCUAUUCCCUAGCCAGCGAUCGACUGAAGCCGCAUGUGGUGUUGCACACUGUCGCUGACCGGGGUGUGCUAGUUAAGCUGCUGCCAGGCUCUCCCGAACGUUCAGACUGGCUUGGGCUCGAGCGCAUGCAUACGGCAUGCCUGGCGGAAGCGAAGACGGCAGUCGUCGCGGUGAAAGAUGGACGGGUUAUUCAUCUAGCGGCUAUGAUCCCGCCUCCUUUUCAAGCCGACGGUUACGGGAAGCCGUGUUUCUGGGGAUACGCCACCUACGAGGGGCAAUACGAGGCUUGUCUCAAGAUGCUGAACAUGCGCUGCCUUGCUCUGGUGCUAGACCUAGACGAGACUUUGAUCGUGGCCAACACGAUGAAGUCUUUUGAGGACCGCAUAGACGCAAUCGAACGGCGGAUGAAGGGAGAAUCUGACGUGUCGAGGUUGGAGCUGAUGAGAGGCGAGGUAAGCAGAUAUCACCAGGACAGGGCAAUGCUCAAGCAGUACAUUGACAGCAACACAGUGAUAGAGAACGGAGUGGUGUACAGGCCUCAGUACGAGUCAGUGCAUAUCGCAGGAGGUGUUGGUGGUGCUGGUGCAGGUGCCAUGAGCGGCACUUCGUCACCCUUCAUCGCGGGCUCUGGCUCGUCCUCGUCCUCGUCGUUCACUCCUUCUGCAGCUGUCUCCGCUUCUUCUUUGGCAUGUAGUCUGACGCCAACGUGUGUUGCGGGAAUGGAGCAGCAAAGAGCGCCGAUGAUGAGGCCCGUCAUCCGCAUAGUUAGCGCCGAUCGCACGAUCAUUCUGACGAGGAUUAACCCUGCCAUCCGGGACACGAGCGUCAUUGUUCGGAUUAGACCGUAUUGGGAAGAACUACGAAGUUACGUGACGACAAAGGGCAGGAGGCGAUUUGACGUAUACGUGUGUACCAUGGCGGAAAAGGAGUACGCGUUUGAGAUGUGGAGGUUGCUAGACCCCGACACGCAGCUGAUCCCGCACCGGGAGUUGAUCGACCGAGUGGUCUGUGUGCGACCAGAUGGUAGAAAGUCACUGAGCAACGUGUUUCAUCAGCGAAGGUGUCAUCCAUCCAUGGCGUUAAUUAUAGACGAUAGAAUCAACGUCUGGGAGGACGGCGACCAGAGACGGGUCCAUAUUGUCUCCCCCUUCCAACCCUAUUACGUUCCUAUGGCAGAGUACGAGUGUGAGGUGCCGGUCCUCCGAGUUGCGAGGAAUACGGCAUGCAAUGUGAGGGGGUGGUUCUAUAAGGAGGUGGAUGAAAAUCUUACGGAGCACUUGGAUAUAGUGCAGUUCUGUUCGGUGGAUUCAGGCCGGUUGCCUCGACCGGAUGUGGCCAGGUUUCUCAACCUCAAUGUGGAAGAGCCUCCUCCUCCCCCUUUGUCAGGGGCCAAUGUGUCUGCGGCUGCAGCUGCUGCGGCGUCAGCGGCAGCAGCGACGCAACAACAACAUCAGCAGCAGCUUCACGUGGCUGGUGCGUCAGGGGAGGAUCAUCGUCCGCGGUUGGUAUCGCAGCAUGCGCAAGUGCACACGCAGCAGCAGCAGAUCGCUUCUGGGGGGGGAGUGGGGGGGAUGGUGACGGAGCAGCAGCAGAGCGGGGGCAUGGCUUCGACCGACAUUCAUGGGGCGGUGAUAGUAGGGGUCGAACUGAAGAAUGGACGAGAUUUAAGAUUGGGCCCGCAUCAGGCCCAGGGAACUCCUCAGCAGCAGCAGCAACAACAACAACAACAACAACAACAACAACAACAACAACAACAACAACAACAGAAAAAGAAAUUGGUGCGAGUUGGGGCGGGGGUUGUUGCGGGUGUGGAGGGUGGUGUGGCAGUGGUGGGGGCUGUAGAGUCUGAGCGGAGGGCUGCGCAGCAGGAGACGGUGGCAGCAGCACGUGACGGAGAAGUCGUAGGGGGAAUGGGGGAAGCAGUCGCAGUCGCAAGUGAAGCAGGGGGAGCCGUCGACGCGCAGCAGCUCUUUGCGAUACAGCAACAGCUGCAGCAACACUUGGAGCAGUUGCAGCAGCAGCUGCAGCUGCAGCAUUUACAUCAUCAUCAUCAUCAUCGGCGGCAAGGGGGUUUGUCGGAAAGCUAUGCUGCGAUUGAUUCGUGCUCAGGAGCACUGCCUCAGGUAAUGUUGCCCGGUGGGAUAACGGAAGCUGGGAUGGCAGGGGAAGCGUGCGAGGCGAAAGCUGGCGGGGUGGAGGCAGGGACAACUGCAGGGAUGGCACCAGUGUCGCAGCAGCUCCUGGCGCUUCAGCAACAGUUGCUGCAGCAUCCGCUCCUGAAGCAGCAUCUCCUAUUGCAGCAGCUGCAACCUUCUCGUGAAGGAAUCGCGCCAACUAUGCUGGUUUCCAUUUCGGAAGGGAUAGGGGGAGUCCUUAGCGCUGGUUCUGGUGCUGCUGCUGCCGCAUCUGCAGUGUCUACCUCUCUGCCUCUUCCUCUUGCCCCGUCUGCACCAACGGGCAUUGUCGCCGUGCCACAGCCAAACAACCCGCUUGUGCAGAUUUCCCCGACCCUGCCAACGCCCGGUCAAGAGGCUGGUCAUUGCGGGCCGGUCGUGGACAGGAUGAUGCAACGCGGGCCAGGCAAUGGAAUUAUGGAACAGAGGCCGCUGGCACCGCCACUGCAACAGCAGCAGGAGGGGAGGCGAAGUGGGGGUUGGUUCGCUGACACGGACGAUCUCGAGGAAUUUAAUCCACUGGAAGAGGAAAAGAAAGCCAUCGAGGGAGGCGGGGUAGUGAAGCACGCAGGGCCCCGGCGAGAUGUCAGUCACAUUAGCGGUGGGCAAUUUAGUACUCGCGAGGCCACAGGUGGGGUUGGAGGGGCGGAGACAACAAUGGCGGAGCUGCAGCUAUUCCCCAUGAGGGUGGUACCAAGCUGCGCUGGCAUUGCCAAACCAUCACCUCCUGUCCAGCCGCAGCCGCAACGGCAGCAUCCCGAAGGAUUCCCUUCGCUUGCCCUGGCGCAUCUCCACCUCCCGUCCAUAGCUUCUGCUCCCAUGGCACGCCCUCCAUCAACUAUGCUUCCUCCCCCACCUCCGCCGCCUCCACCUCCGCCCCCUCAUCCCCCUCCCGCUCAAGCGUCUACGAGAGAGGGGAAUGUGCCCGUCGUUAGUGUCCUGAAGGCGUCUUACGAAGGGUCCCAGCCGCAGCAGCAUCCGCCUAAACACUUAGACGAUGGACUGUCUCAGACUCUUCUAGAUGGGAUGCACUCGAAUGAAGGUCUGCAGGAAGCGGCCGCUGGUGGAAUGGGGGGCACAAGAGUGGGAGUCGCUGCUGGGGUUGGCGGUGGCGAAAUCGAGUCGAAAGGUGUUAGGGGAAGCAGGCAGAUGGGGUCGCGUGCGGGGCAACCUCCGCCCUUGCGUCCCGAGGCACUCCAGCCUCUACCUCGUCGGACGGAAGCACUCCAUCCUCCUCUGUCUCAGGGAGAGCCACGCCACCCUUUGCGGCAGAUGGAGCAGCGAGAUCGGCUUUCUGUCCGUGUGGAGCCAUUGGACACAGCCAUAAGAGACCCUGGGCUUAUCUGCUUCAAUGGUCCAGGGGGAAGUGCUAGAGACGUUACCAAACAUCUCUCGCUGCGAGAUGGAGGAGGAGGUGGUGGUGGUGGUGCAGGAUCGUGGUGGAACAAUGGAUAUGAGAGGAAAGGGGAUAGGGGAAAGUACUUGUGGGCUGGGGGGUCAAUGGAGAGAGAGAGGACUGUGGAUGGUAACAGCAACAAUGGGAAUGUAGUCAGAGCUGUCGCCUGCAAAGAGCGCGACCCUCGAAUGGACAAAGGGGUGGCUGGGGAAGAAGAAGAUGAUGGCCGUGCCUGGCAGAAGCUAAAGGACUCUGGUGGCGGGCCGGGAGGAGUAACAGCAACAGCAGCAACAGGAGGAACAGGGGGAGGAGGUGAGUGCAUUGUGUCCACUUGGGACGAAGAAACUCUCCGCCGUGCAGGAAUGCCUUCUUCUGUGAAUUCUGUUAGCAUGCUUAACGAAUUGGGACAAAAGGUGAAGGAGCUGGUGCAAUACAAGAUACAUAUUGCCGACUCUUCUGAAGCGAAUUUGGAAGAGCAAUGCCUUGUGGAGGUCUUUUUUGGGCCGGAGAAGGUGGGGGAGGCUUGGGGUAGGACUCGGAAGGAUGCGAAACUUACUGCAGCCAAAGCAGCGCUGACGUUCAUCAAAGAGAUGGCUGAACGGGCUCCGCCAUCGCCGAGCCGAGUGAUCUUGAUGGAGGCGAUAGAAUCCCUAGGCCAGCGUAGGGGAGGCGGGGUGAGCACUUGCCCCUUGUCGUUGUGGGGCUUACCUCAACAAAAGCAACAACAGCAGCCGCAACAACAACAGCAGGAACUGCAAGAGUUGAUGGUGAGGCGUGGCGGUGUGGUAGGAGAAAGACCGGCAGCUGUGGAGACUACUAGUAUUCCUAGUGAGAUGGGGGCACCGCCAAACCGUGGGAUGGUAACAGGACUCGGAGGAGGAACAGCUGGGAGUUACUCGUCUCAGCAGCAAGAGAUGAGGGAUGGGACUAGGGUGGAGGAUGUCUCGGGGUCCACGCCAAUGGAAGUCGGAGAUGGAGGAGGACGUGGCGAACAGGAGGGGCCUAUGGUGUGGGAGUCGUCAGGGGCGGUUUCGGCAGAUAGGGAUGGGAUAGUUGAGGUAGGAGGGACAUGUCCCCGCGUGCCGUCCAGGUCAGCAUCGGAAGAAGGGUUUGCCCGCAGGAAAAGGCCAAGGAUAGGGCUAAUCAGGAGGGUGCUGGGAAAGGGGCAGCCAUUAGGAGCCAGCCCCAGUUCGUCGAUCAUUAGUUUGCUUACUAGUAGGGAUUUUUCAUCUAACUCAGGUAGCGAUAGCAGUGGCGGUAGUAGGGGAGGGGAUGGAGGGAACGCAUUGGCAAGUCGAGGAGGGGCGGAGGAGGCAGCAUGCCUUCCUCUGCAAACUCAGCAACAACAUCAAGAGGAUAGUGAGCGAAGGGAUCAAACUGCUGCCCAAGAGAAGCUCUCAUCCACGGAGAUAGAAAGACCCGUACAGGGGUCGGGAUCGAGAUGUCUGGAGAGAGGAGGAGGAAGAGCAGCUGCGGUCGGAAUGAUCCCACAUGGCACUGCUGUGCCAAGAGGAGGGGUAGGUCAAGUGGAGGGUGGAACAACAUCAGCAACAUCAGCAACAUCAGCAACAGCACCCUCUCUUAACUCCUCGCCCACCUCCACUCCCUCCUCGUCGGGCUGCUCUUACCUUUGUUCCACCUGCCCCUUCAGGCCCCCCUCCGUCUCUUCUUCCACCCCCUUCUCUCCUCCCUGCCCCUUCCCUGUUCUCAACCCGCUCGGCUCUUCUCCCUCCUCCUCGACCUCCACUCCCUCCACCUCUUCUUCAGCAGCAGCAGCAGCAGCAACGUCCGAUUCUUAUUACCCCUUCCAGAAGUACUCAGACUUUGGAGCUAGUCACAGUGGAAGAGACGAUGAAGUAGGGCAUAGCAGCAGGACUUGCACUGGCAGGAGCACUGUUGUGAUUCGGUGAACCCUCCUGCAGGCUCAGUGAAUGGGCAUUGCUCCACUACUCACCAGAUAAACAAAAGACGAAAGA